AUGGCCGACUCUUUGACCGAAGAGCAGGUGUCCGAGUACAAGGAGGCCUUCUCCCUGUUCGAUAAAGAUGGCGAUGGCCAAAUUACAACCAAGGAGUUGGGAACAGUGAUGCGAUCUCUGGGCCAGAACCCUUCGGAAUCCGAGCUACAAGACAUGAUCAAUGAGGUUGACGCCGACAACAAUGGAACAAUCGAUUUCCCAGAAUUCUUGACUAUGAUGGCCCGAAAAAUGAAGGAUACCGACUCUGAGGAAGAAAUCCGAGAAGCCUUCAAAGUGUUUGAUCGUGAUAACAACGGUUUCAUCUCCGCCGCCGAGCUGCGCCACGUCAUGACCUCGAUCGGAGAGAAGUUAACUGACGACGAAGUCGAUGAGAUGAUUCGUGAAGCCGAUCAGGACGGUGAUGGCAGAAUUGAUUAUAACGAAUUCGUCCAACUCAUGAUGCAAAAGUAG